UUAAGCUCAGCCCAGCCCCCACCGCGUCUCACUCUCUCACCAUGGCACCUCGCGUCCUGACCUGGGCGCUGACCUGCGCGCUGACCGUUCUGGGGGCCAGCGGUCUGCUGGUUGAUCCCCCACGUCUGCUGGGCGAGCUGAAGCUGGCCAACGCUGCCUUCGUUGAGGUGUACACCGCUCAGAGGGGAGAGGGAGAUGACGUAGCCAGGAAAACGCUGUAUGUCAGCAGCUUCAACCCGGGAAAUAUCAUCGGUGAUGAUAAGGUGUACUACCUGCGCGCGCCCGGCAGGCAGAUGGCCCCCGUCGCCGAGUGGGACAUGAAGGUCUUGGACCACCACGCCGACUGGACCAACGACAUCUGCUACACUCCCCCGGAGGCGGUCGGCUUCGAGGGCGUCACCGUGACCUCCGGCUUCCUGGUGCCGUUCAAGACUCACGGAAAGCUGCAGGUGUUCAACACGGAGGUUGAGCCGCCGGCGGGCCCGUACCUGCUCACCACACUGGACACCAAGGACUGGGCUUACCACCGCGCUCUCUGGCACGAUAUGGAUGGAGAUGGCGACCUGGACCUGAGCACCGCUCGCUUCCAUCAGAACUCGAUCACUGGACACAUCACUAAGAGUUUCGCCUACAUGACCAACGAUGGCGUCAACCCGGCCGACUCCGGCCGCUGGCACCAGGUGGAGGUGAUCGCUGACGGUCCGGACGUCGGCUUCCGCUGGCUGAAGCUGCCCUCGGGAGGUAAGACGUACGACGUCCUUCUCGGAGGAGAGUUCUGGAACGAGCGUCUGACCGUCUACUGGACCGAGGACGGCGACUGGUCCAACCCGGAGAACGUGCAGAGCCGCAUCGUGGAUGACACUACGGGACAGGUCUUCGACGUGUUCUACGACGACCUCAACGGCGACGGCGUCCCGGAGGUGUGGGCCUCCUGCUUCGACCUGCCCAACAAGAACGGCUCGCUCUACAAGUGGACCAUCCCCGACGACUUCAUCAACGGAGACUGGGAGCGCACCACCCUCGACACCAACUUCCACCCCAACUCGAUGCUGUUUGGCGAGACGAUGAGCCCCGGAAGUGCCAUCAUCUUCCACCCGAGCGAUGCCGCGCGCGACGCCGGCAACAAGCCGCUGAUUCUCCUCUCUGGUGACGACGAUGGCAACCAGUACAUCCUGCAGCCCGUCAGCCAGGACCCGUCCGACUGGACGUACGCCCGUCAGACCCUGGUGGAGACGGGAGGCACUACUGCCGGUCAGGUCACCGCCGACGACAUCGACGGCGAUGGCUUCACGGAGCUCAUCACGGCCGGCUACACCGUCGGCAAGGUCUACGUCUUCACGUACGCGCCGUGAGAGGACUGACGCAUCUUGAUGCGACCUCUUCUGGCACUCGCGGGAUGGCAGAGAAUGGAGAGAAAGGAGACAAGAGGAGUCGAAGAUGAGACGGAGGCGGAGAAGAGCCCAGUUGCUACAUCUCUCGCGAAACCUUGAUGAGUUUAUAUACAUGCGUGACCAUUUUAUUGUUUUGAUUGUGUGUUUUACGCGUUCAUAUUUAAUAAACAUUGUUAUGUGAAGUAAA